AGGCUCGAUCGCCCGCCAGGCCCGUGUCGGCCAGCACCUCUCGGCUGGAGGAUGGUCGCUGCGGGUCACACGCACACCGUCCUGCUGAGGAGCGACGGGACGGCCGUGGCCUGCGGCUGGAAUGACUUCGGGCAGUGCGACGUCCCCGCGCUCGGCGAGGGCCUGACCUACACGCAGGUCGCUGCGGGUUACGCGCACACUGUCCUGCUGAGGAGCGACGGGACGGCCGCGGCCUGCGGCUUGAAUGACCGAGGGCAGUGCGACGUCCCCGCGCCUGGCGAGGGCCUGACCUACACGCAGGUCGCUGCGCGUGACGAGCACACUAUCCUGCUGAGGAGCGACGGGACGGCCGCGGCGUGCGGCCGCUAUUAUAACUACGGGCAGUGCGACGUCCCCGCGCUCGGCGAGGACCUCACCUACACGCAGGUCGCUUCGGGUGGCGCGCACACCGUCCUGCUGAGGAGCGACGGGACGGCCGCGGCGUGCGGCUGCAAUGACUGCGGGCAGUGCGACGUCCCCGCGCUCGGCGAGGGCAUCACCUACACGCAGGUCGCUGCGGGUGGCGCGCACACCGUCCUGCUGAGGAGCGACGGGACGGCCGCGGCGUGCGGCUACUAUGGCGCCGGGCAGUGCGACGUCCCCGCGCUCGGCGAGGGCCUGACUUACACGCAGGUCGCUGCGGGCGUCAGGUACACUGUUCUGAUGAGGAGCGACGGGACGGCCGCGGCCUGCGGCGGCUGCAAUGAGUACGGGCAGUGCGACGUCCCCGCGCUCGGCGAGGGCCUCACCUGCACGCAGGUCGCUGCGGGUGGCACGCACACCGUCCUGCUGAGGAGCGAUGGGACGGCCGCGGCCUGCGGCUGCAAUGAGUACGGGCAGUGCGACGUCCCCGCGCUCGGCGAGGGCCUGAGCUACACGCAGCCGCAAGCGCUGCCAACGCUGCUCCUGCAGGCGUCUUUCGACGGAGCCUCGGUGCAGUUCCUGACCCUUGGCGGGGAGGAGUUCGGCCGAGUCCCGGCGGCUCCCGCCGAUGACCUGUCGGACGUGCGCGCCCGACUGAGGGCUGGCCGCGUCUCGCGCACGCUGCGGUGCUCCGCCAUCGACGCCGUCCUGCCGGGGGGCAGGCUGCUGAGCCGGGCCCCCAGAGGAGAGACCUGUGCGGCAGCGUUCGGGCGCGCCGACGACGUCGGGCCCGGGCGCGAGGGGCAGAAGAUGUCGGCGGAGUGAGCGCCCUUGCAGCCCUCUUCACCCCUCCCUCCCUCUCUUUCUCGUCGUCGUGCUCGUCGGGAGCGAGUCCACGGACCAGGAACAAC